AUGAGCGGAUUGAAUACGCUUUCGGGCUCUGUGCCCCAACUUCACCAACAAUACAGAAACCAUCUUCCACAGCAGCUUCAGACCGGUCAGAACUCCACGGCGCCAGGCGCCAACCAGCCAAAUCCGCAAACGGCAAAUUCAGAGAGCCUGCCCGCAGAAAGCCAGGACGGGGCGAAAGCGGACAAAAACACCGAUCCUGAGCUUGACGAUGACAAACUCUCCAAACGAGAAAGAAAGAACAGACCGGGCCAGAAGUUUGGAGCCAAGAAGAAGCUGUGGGUGUGGACGUGGUUUGUUCAGGAUCUGCGUGACCCUAAUGUCGCUGUGUGUGAUUACUGUGGCAAAAUCAUCACCAGACAGCCUUCAGAUAAAGGCCUGCCCAAGAAGCUCAGUGAACACUUGAAAACACACAAGCUUCUGCGAGAUCUGAUCAACACGCUGCGGUCCGUGCCUGUGGACGGCAACGGCAUCACUUACAGUCCCAGCGGGCUUCUGAUGCCGAAUUACAAGAACUACCAGAACCAGAACCAGAAUAACCAGGGUCUGGGGCUGAGUAACCAGAAUAUGAGCAAUCCGCAAUUGGGUAGCAUGCUCCAGCACUCUUUGCAGAAUCAGAGCUUGGAGAAUGACGAUAUGCCGCAACCCAAGCCUACGAAAUACAGAAGAACAGGACCCAUGAAUGGAGUCCAGGGUGUGGGCAGCGUUCCUACAAGCAACAGCCAGGGACUGAGCAGAAUUAACUCAAUAAGCGGGGUCAACGUGGACGAAAGAUUGAUGAAUAAUAGUCACCAGGGCCAAAACCACACCCAGAACCAGAGCCAGCUUGCUAGAAAUACCGCUCUGGGCAGUCCAGUGCAGUAUGGAAGGCGGUACAUUCUGCCCAAUUUCGAUAAUGCACCGUACUCCGCUGGAAAGUUCCAUAAGCACCUUCUUCAUUUCCUUGCGGACAACAAGUUGUCCAUUCGCUUACUUAAACUGCACUCGUUCCAGCAGCUUAUCUACGACUUGCGUCCCGACCUGAUUACGGAUCUCCUUGAGCUUACGGGGUUGUACCUGUCGUUUGUGGAGGUGUCCCGGGUGGAUACGGAUCCUGAGGCUCAGGAGGGUCACCAGACGUCGUUGGCGGAGACGAAUGUGGUGAACACGCUAGCGCAGAAUUUGCCACGGGGAGAUUAG